UCGGGAACGUCGUCGCACAGCCGCAUACGACUGGCCAAUAAGGGCAUCCGGAGGGUCGAGAGCUACGGCUUCGGCGACCACUAUAUUCACCUCAAGAUCCGAGUCCCGCAAAAAUUGUCUCAAAAGCAAAAGGCGUUGGCCUUAGUGUUGGCUGAGUUGGACGAGUCAAAGACGAAGGGCACCAUUAAUGGCAUCAUUGAGACGACGCGCGGACGGGUAGCUGAGGGCGACUCAGAGCACGAGGAGCUCGUGAAUAAUAUACGCAACGCGUUGGAGGCGGAUGUGGAGGAGUCGGAGGACAGGGCGGCCGAUAAAAAGGAGUCCUAAUAGUGUAGUCAGCGAUUAGGAUAUGGUUUUUAAUUCACUGUUAUAUAAAUAUUAUCUUAAAUUUUG